AUGGACCAAACUCUGUCCCUCCUCCUUGUUUUCUCAGGGCUGUCCAUCCUCCCCUCAUGCCUCCCUCAUCAGUUCCACUUUGUGAACAUGAAAAAGACCUGGACUGAAGCUCAGAAUAUCUGCAGACAGAACUACACUGACCUGGCCACCAUAGAUGAGGACAUGGCAGAUAUGAAGAAGCUCAACCAAAAUGCGACCAAUAAGUACAUUCUCAUCACGGAAUAUAAGUCUUGGAGUGAUGCUCACAGCUAUUGUCAGCAAUACCACACAGACCUGGCCAGUGUGAGGAACACAACAGAGAGGGACGCCAUCAAGAGUAUCUUACCUGACAUCAAUGGUAUCUACAGAGUGUGGAUUGGCUUGAAGAAAUCUCUUGGAGUCUGGAGGUGGUCUGACCAGAGUGGCUCCUCUUUCAAGAGCUGGGAAACAUUCAAGGCAAACAUGGCAGAUGGGAGUUAUCAGGACGGAGAGUUCUGUGGUGAAGUUACUUUCUCUUCUGGAAAGUGGAAAUAUCAGGAUUGUACCACCAACUCUAAUUUUAUCUGCUAUGACGAUGAACUGGUCCUGGUCUCAGAGAACAAGACGUGGUCAGAAGCCCUGUGGCACUGCAGAGAUCUGGACAUGGAGCUGGUGUCUGUCCACAACCAGAACAUCCAGCACUGGGUCCAACAGAGAGCCAAGAAGGCCUCCACUCCCUUCGUCUGGCUGGGCCUGAGGUACACCUGCACCCUGGACUUCUGGUUCUGGGUCAAUGGAGAAGAGUCCUGCUACCACAACUGGUCCGACGGGGAGGGCUACGACACCAUCAAGGAGCAGUGUGGGAACACGGGGGCCAUACAGAGAGACGGGGGUCAGUGGGUCGGGAAGUCUGAGACUGAGAGAUUCAACUUCAUCUGCAGCAACAGUACUGGUGAGAUGUGA